AUGAACCAAAAUCGUGAAACAACCCGUAAUUAGUCCUAUCGAUAAAAAAAGUAAUAUUUAAUAGUACUACAAGAUAGAAACGAUACUCGUUCAUAUGCACCUACCUUUGAAAAUCUUUAGGCAAGAAUAAGGGAUUUUUCCUAUAAUAGACUAUAUAAUGCAGUGUCAAAUUAAAAAAGAAGUGAAUCUACACACUCCCAAAUGCAACAUCAAGACUUGUAGUAGAUAAUUAAAAAUAUACUAGACAAUGGAGUGAAAUCAUUUAGCAGUGGAUUCAAAUUGAGUGAUAUCCCUUAUUCUCCUUAGUUGCAAUCUCCAAAUCAAUUAUUUUAAUCCCCUAAAUAGUUUGAAUCAAGUAAUCAGAAGCAAUCUGUAAAACAGCAUGAAGACCAAUUUGAGAUAUUUGGAUUGCAUUCAGAUAAACGUAAGAGAAAGGAUGAUCAAAAUAACAAGGAUGAUUAAUAUUCAAUUGAAUAUGCUAAAUUAAAAUAAUAAUUUGAACCAAUUUCUAAUAUAAGUAGAAAUUAAUUACCAGAUUUAGUCAGAAUAGCUCAACAAACAUCAACCGAUUAUUAUUCAAGUGCAAAUAACAAAUAAGUAGUAUAAUAAGACGAUUAGAAAUACUAGAAUGUAACUGAUACUGAAUAAAGUAAGGAGUAUGAUUCUAAGUAUUUGGAAUUGUAGCAAAUAUUAAAAAAAUCUAAUAAUUAAUGUAAUGAGUUAAAAAUAGAAAACAAAAAUCUUAAUAUUCAAUUAAAGGAGUUAUAAAAGAAACUCUUAAAUUUUAAAGAAUAGCAAAAGGAAUAGGAUCAAGAAUUUUAAUAUUUAUAACAAUAAAUUGAAGAAUUUAACGAUAUCAAUAUUAAUUUGAGGAGUUAAAAUGAUUAAUUAUUGUAAGAAAUACAAGAAUUAAAACAUUUUAUCACUACUCAAAAACAUAAUAUUUAAUUGAAUGAAUUAAAUCUUUCAAAUAAAAUUAAAAAUUUAGAAAUUGAAAAAUAAAAAUUUAAAGAAGAUUACUAGAAAGCAUAAAUUGUACUUUUUAGAGAAAGAGAAGACUCAUCAGCAAAAGAUGAAAAACUUUAUGAGUUAUAGAAGUAAAUUGAUUCCUUAAAAGAUUCAAUUUAAGAGCGAUCCACUUAAUCAAAUUAAUAUUAAUAAAAAAUUAAAGAUCUAACAAAUUAACUAGAUUAGUCAGCCUAAGAAAAGCAAGAUUAAUUCGAUAAUUUCUUAUAAAUUAAAUAGACUUUAUUAAAUUAGAUUGAUUCAUAAUUUUAAGAUCAUUAAUCAUAUUUAGAUGUUUUCAAACAAUAAGAAUAGCUGAAGUAAGAAAAUCAAUCAUUAAAAAACUUAAAUAAAAAGAUUUAGGAAGAUGCAAAUGAAGAACAGGGAAUUAUAUAAAAAUAAAAUAAAAAUCUAACCUCUUAAAUAGAUUAGCUAUAAUAACAAUCUGAAUAAAAUUAAAAUAAGAUUAUGGAGUUGGAAAGUUAUAUUUAAUAGUAAUAAUUAUCUAGAUAAGAAUCAACCUCACCUUAAAAUGCUUAUCAAUUAGAACAAUAAUAAAAUCUAUUGAAUUUAGAAAAUUAAUUGAAAGAGAAGAAAAACAUCAUAGAUUAAUUGAAUUAAUAAAAUUCUUUGAUUCAACUAGAAUUAGAGGAGGCUAAUUAAUUAAAUUCUGAAUUAAAAAGGGAUUUAUAAUACAAUUAGGAUUAAUAUUUAAUUUUGGAAGAAGAAAAAAAAGGUCUCACUAUAAAGAUAGAUUAAUUGGAAGAAGGAAAAGAUUUGCUUGAAAAAUAAGUGGCUUUCAAAGAUUCUAAAAUAAAUUAAUUAAAAGAAUAUGUAAAUGAAUAGAAGUAAGAAUUUGAAUAAAUUCAAGAUGAUUUAUAUAUAUAAAUUGAUAAAGAAAAAUAGUUGUAUAAUAAUCAAAUUAAUUAAUUAGAAAAUUAAUUAAUAGAAUAAAUAAAUAAUUAAAAAGACUUAAUUGACAAUUUAAAUGUUUAAAUCAAAUAAAAGAAUAAUUUGAUUUAAUCUUUAAAUGAAGAUAUUGAUAAUAAUUUAUAAACAAAUAACGAUUUGAAUGAUUAAAUAAAUGAUUUUGAAAGUUAAAACGAAUUACUCAAUACUAAAAUAGAUAAUUUGAUUGGUGAUUUGAAGGUUAAAGAAGAUGACUACAAUUAAAUUAAUGAAUAAUUUAGAUAAUUAUAAAUUUAGCAUUCCUUAUUGAAUGAAUAAUUGUAAGAUGCAUUGGAUAGUCUUUAAUAAGGAAAUCAAUCAUAAUAAAUAUUUAAAUAGAAAUUAGAUGUAUCAAAUUAAUAACUUGAUGAAUUUUAAAUGUAACUUAAGAUAACAGAGGAUGCUUUAAUUGAAAAGAAUGAACAACUUAAUUUAGCAAAGUCAGAAUAUGAUUAAUAAAAGAAAGAAAAUUAAUAAUUAUAGCAAGAGAUAAUUUAAGCUAAUGAUCAAAUCAAUGGGCUUUAGUAUAAUAUUGAUACAUUGAAAAAUGAAAAUUUAACUCUAAAAGACGAUUUAAAAAUAGAUAAAUUAAACCUAAACGAAGUAAUAAAUAUAAGUUAGGAGUGCAACAACAAAAUAGAGGAUUUAUAAAACCAAAAUUAAAUUUUAAUUAAAGAGAGUAACAAUUUACAAGACGAAAUACUCAAAAAAAAAGAAAGAAUUAAGACUUUAGAGUAAUAAUUAAAAAAUCAAAAUCAAUCUUGUUCAUUAUUAUAAGAUAGUUUGAAUGAUUUUAAAAUGUAAAAUGAAGAAUUAUUACAAUAAAAUUAGAAUAUAUUUUAAGAAAAGUAAAGUUAAAAGGAAGAAUAUUAGUAGGUUCUCUAUUAAGUUAAUAAAUUAAUUUAAAAUUGCGUAAAUAAAUUCAGUAGUUUUUAAUUUAGGAAAUAAGAUGAUUAAAGUCAAUAAGCAGAGGAAGGAAAUAAUCAUGAUAUAGAUUAAGAAGCUGAUGAUUUAAUUUUAAUAGAAGCUGAUUUAAAUCAAUAACAAGCACUUCUAUAUAGUGGGAUACAUAAUUUAAUUGACAUCAUCAAAUUCUAAUUUGAUGAAAUCAUUAAUCUCAAGGCUGAUUAAAAUUUGAAUAAUGAAUAAAAUUUAGUUGAAAAAAGAGAGCAAGAAUCUUAAACUUGUGAAAAGCAUAUUCACAAUGAAGAAAAUGAUAAAUUAUUAGAUAUUUAGGAUUAAAUCAAUUCAUCAGCCAAUCAGAUUAAAGUAGAAUAAAAUAAAGAAAAUGUAUUAGAAUUACAAAGUGGAAAUUUAAUUGAGGAUGCUGAAUCAAAUAAUUAAGAAGAAUUACUAAAUACAAUAGAAAAUUUAAGAGGUUAAAUUUAAAACUAAGAAUAAGAAAUUAAUUAAUUAAUUUUAUAUAAUUAAGAAUAUUAAACUAAAAUAGAAGAUCUUCAAAAGACUACAGAAUCCUAAAUAAAAAAGUAAAUAGACUCAGAUAAUUGUAACAAUAAAUAAAAAGAAAUAAUAGAAUAAAGUUAAUAUAGAAUUUUAGAUUUUGAAAAUAUGGUAUUACAAUUACGAUAAGAGAUCUAGGAAAAGGCAAACGCGAUUUAAAGUUAACAAAAACAAAUUGAAGAACUGAUAUAAUAGGAGUUAGAUAUCAAUUUCAAAAUGACUGAUUAAAUUUAAUAAAAUGAAGAAUUAAGUACUAAAUUGCAUCAAUAGUAGUAAGAAUUAUUCGAUCUAUAGUAAAGGUGUCUUCAGUAAAGUUAAGAGUUAAGGAUGAGAUUAUUAUUGUUAGAUUAGCUAGAGAAAGAGAAUUUUGAGCUAGAAUAGCUUAAAAUAGGGCAUGAUUGA